AAGGGGGGAUGAAAACACUGACGGACUGAUGUAGGCGCAGUGGUAGCUUCCGGUUUAGAAGGAAAACGUCAGACCAGCUGAUUCCCAGACUGACAGUGUUGAGAGGAGCCAUGCCUUUCCUGCACGGCUUCAGAAGGAUCGUCUACGAGUAUCAGCCGCUGGUGGAUGCUGUGAUGCGUGUUGUUGGACUGGAGGAAGGAGAUGAUGGAGGUGGUGAGGAGGAGGAGGAGGACAGAGUCAGGACUCCAGAGGAUGAGUCCAGUGGGCGUAGUUCUCUGGUGGAGCUUCUGGAGCGAGAGUCUCAGUCAGAAGUGUUUGUACAAGGCAUCAGCUACGCUUUGUUUAAAGUGGCAGAGAGGGGACUGGUGUACGCAGCUGAAAUCCUGCUACGCCACGGAGCUUAUCUAAACUUUGAAGACCCAGUGUCGUACUACAAUCCUCUACAUGUAGCAGUUAUGCGGAACAGGCCAAGUAUGGUGAGGCUGCUGGUCGGGCAUGGAGCAGACAUUGAGAAGAGGGACAGGAUCCAUGAGAGCAGUCCAUUGGAUCUUGCCAGUGAGGAGUCAGAGAGACUCCCCUGCCUGCUCACUCUGCUCGACUUGGGCGCCAAUGUGAAUGCUAGCGAUAAAAAUGGAAAAACACCUCUGCUCCAUGCCAUGGCCAGCAGCGAUGGACUCACAGUGAACAACACAGAGAGCAUCCAGCUUCUUCUUCAGAGAGGUGCUGAUGCGAAGGCUGUCACUGUACACGGUGAAGCAGUCGAAUCCUUGUUGGUGUUUCUAAUUAAGGAGGCUCUGGAUGCCAGCGCGGAGGAUGCUGCAGCGAUCGGUAGAUUCUGCCUGAAAACCACACAGCUUUUGCUGACUCAUGGUGUGGACCCCAGCUGCUGCAUGAAUGAGGAUGGUGAUUCCUCCCUGACACAGACAAGCCUGGAGCACUUUGACAAUUUCUUCCCACUGGCUGUGCUCUUGAUGCAGAGCGGCGCUGCUUUGCAGUGCACCUAUCAUGGCGACUCCUGUUGGUCAGCCGAGAGCCUCCUUUUCGGGCGGCUCCAGGAAGCCCUUCAGCAGUGCUCUGAUCAAAGUCAUGCGUCCGAGCUCCUGGAGCAAGCUGAGGUGUUGCUCGACCUAGCGAGGGUAAAUGUCCCCAUGCUAAAUCUGCCUUUAAGCUCAGAGCUUCCUGCACCUGGUCAGGACCCUCACGCUCAGGCUCUGGUGGACCUGCAGAGGAGGGUGUUAGAACAUGACGCCAGCCCCCCUGCUUUGCGAUGCCUCUGCAGGGCAUUCAUACGGACCCACCUGCAGCCCUGGCCACUGGAAGACAGAGUCAAUGCCUUGCCAUUACCAGACAGACUGAAAGACUUUCUUCUACCUGAGCGCACAUAUACACCAAAACCUGGCUGGGACUGCUUCAAGCCCCAGCUUUCAUAGCAAACACUGAUGAUGCAAGCUACAGGCUGGUUUCUGUUCUACCCAAAAUCUGAUUAAAAUGUUUUUUAAAACACCCGGGAAGGAAUUUAACCAGAAUGACACUCAGUAGUGUUCAUACCUCCACCAAGGCCCAACAGUCUCUUGAUGUUAGUUUGAUACCCCUCAAAGUGCCAUUACACUUCCCCUCCACCCAUUCACACAUACAUUCAAACAGUGCAUCUAUGGACAACACUUUCUCACACCUGGCUCACAAACUGCCGAGCCAAAACUCCAUCUUUUCCACUGUACACUAUUUACUGAGCCAUCAAGUGAAAAGGUUGAAAAUCCUCCUAAAGCACAAUGUUAAAGAAAGUAAAAUGAAUUCCUGGAUCCCCCCCCUAGAUCAGCAUCAAAAUUCAAUGAGUCAUAGGUCAUGCCCCACCGCUCCAUAAAUUUUUACAUAAUCAUGUAUAACACAUAAACAAACAGAUGAAAACAUAAUCUCCUUGGCAGAGGUAACCUAAUACCUGGGCUCAGGUCCCAAAAAAUAUUAAGCUAAACCUUAGACAUCACUGAGGCCUUUGUUGAAUUCUCAUUGUGUGUUGUCUUUGCCAGAUUUACAGGCAAAACAAGUGUAUGUUUCCCUAAUAUACAACAUUUCGUAUGUUCAAGUUGGUGUUUGAGUUGUUGCCAAGUUAUUAAUGUUGAACUGUUGAACAAAAUUCAAGUGUUGAGGAAGCUGCAGUUCAGAAUAAAAGGCACUGGAUGGCAGUGUUGCUCCUGCAGAUGAGAAGUAGCUCAGCUAGCAGGGUCAAAGAUUUAGUUAUUCUCAGUGCAGCCUAUUAAAGUUGUUCUAGCGCAGAAGAGUCCAUCUAUAUUUUAUCUCCUCAACAUGAUGGUGAUGUGUUGUGGAAUUUGUGUGUCAUCUCGCUCCUCAUGAAGACGGACCAAUAAAACAGCAGCGUGUUUCACCACCUGUGGUCUGAUGUGUUUAUCCACUAACUAAAUGUUGACAUUAUUUUCUGUUUGUCCACAUAUUACUGUUUUUAAUUGACCAGGUAGUGGCAGCGCAGAAUAGGACUCUUAAAACUGACUGACUAAA